CCAGCCUGGGUAACAAGAGCGAAACUCCCUCUCAAAAACAAACAAAAAAAAGCUGCUGCAAGGACUUCUAAGCGUUAGAAACAGGUUUUGAGAGGUUACGUGGCUUGCCCAAGGUCACACAGCAAUUUUGUUGCACAGGUGGGCUGAAACCCAAGCCUACCGAACUCGCAGUGUAGGAAGCUUUCUUCUCGCUGGCCAUGACCUUGACCUUUCUCUUAUCUCCCUCCUGCUUUGCCUCUUCUCAGUCUCUGUCCAGUAGGAUGAACUCAGAGAACCUCACCUGGGCUGCGGUUGCCCCUGCUGAAUUCAUCCUCCUGGGCAUCACGAAUCGCUGGGACGUGCGUGUGGCCCUCUUCCUGACCUGCCUGCCUGUCUACUUGGUGAGCCUGCUGGGAAACGUGGGCAUGGUGCUGCUAAUUCGCUUGGAUGCCCGGCUCCACACACCUAUGUACUUCUUCCUGGCCAACCUCUGCCUGCUGGAUGCCUGCUAUUCCUCCGCCAUCGGCCCCAAGAUGCUAGUGGACCUGCUGCUGCCCCGAGCCACUAUCCCUUACACAGCCUGUGCCCUCCAGAUGUUUGUCUUUGCAGGUCUGGCUGACACCGAGUGUUGCUUGCUGGCAGCCAUGGCCUAUGACCGCUACGUGGCCAUCAGAAACCCACUUCUCUAUACAACAGCUAUGUCGCAGCGUCUAUGCCUGGCCUUGCUGGGGGCAUCAGGCCUGGGUGGGGCAGUGAGCGCCUUUGUUCACACAACCCUCACCUUCCGCCUGACCUUCUGCCGCUCCUGGGAGAUCAAUAGCUUCUUCUGUGAUAUCCCUCCACUGCUGGCCAUCUCCUGCAGUAACACCAGUCUCAAUGAACUCCUUCUCUUCGCCAUCUGUGGCUUCAUCCAGACAGCCACGGUGUUAGCUAUCACCGUGUCUUAUGGCUUCAUUGCUGGGGCUGUGAUCCGCAUGCGCUCGGUCGAGGGCCGUCGGCGAGCAGCCUCCACUUGCUGCUCGCACCUCACAGCCGUGGCCAUGAUGUACGGGACACUCAUUUUCAUGUACCUGCGUCCCAGCUCCAGCUAUGCCCUGGACACUGACAAGAUGGCCUCUGUGUUCUAUACCCUGGUCAUCCCGGCUCUCAACCCGCUCAUCUACAGCCUCCGCAACAAGGAGGUCAAGGAGGCCCUCAGGCGGACCUGGAGCCGAUUCCGCCGUCCAGGGCAGGGGCCCCAGUGAUUGGUCCAGGGAGGCUGGGUAGGUCUGACUAUGAGGGGAUGAGGAGGUCGGGGCCU